AUGGCCACCACAGUGACUAGCAUCGCAGCCACGGCCGAGGGCCAUGUAGCUUCCACGAGGAAGGCCACCAGCAAGGACUCCCAAGACCGUCGAUCAUCAAAGGGAAAUUCUGUUCGUCCGAAUGCAGCCAGCUUGAAGUAUCUCCAUGUCGCAGCUGUACACUCACAGAUGCGGGCGUCCGCUUUGAGUCGGGAUGCUGAGGCGACUCCCGAUUAUUUAGGAUUCAGAAACUUGAUGGUGCUUGUUUUGGUCGUCAUGAACUUGCGAUUGGUAAUGGAGAACUUCAUGAAAUAUGGUGUCUUGAUCUGUAUACGAUGUCACGAUUAUUCUAAACAGGAUCUCAUACUUAGCACUCUGCUUUAUGCAAUGGUGCCAUGCCACCUCUACGCUGCUUACGCCAUAGAACUUGCCGCCGGUCGGCAGGCGAAAGAAGCCAUAGCUCGAGCAAAACGCCUUGACCAGAAACCGCAUCAGAUACCUGCAAUCGCUAAGAAGUUUCAAGCAACUUGGAAAAUCAUCGCCUUCGCCCACGGCGUGAAUGCCACGCUCGCACUCUUAGUGACAACACUGACGGUCUAUAAUUACAUCCAUCACCCUUUGCUAGGCACCAUCUCACAGAUUCACGCUAUCAUUGUCUGGCUCAAGAUUUGCUCGUACGCUUUCACGAACCGCGACCUGCGGUAUACCCUUCUGAAUCCGGAGGCCGCUGCCUCAUUACCUGAACUUUAUUCUCAUUGUCCGUAUCCAUUGAACAUCUCGAUUUCCAAUCUUAGCUACUUCUGGUGGGCACCGACUCUGGUUUACCAACCAGUCUAUCCACGAACCAAAAUCAUCAGGUGGUCCUACGUUGCUAAGCGAAUUGCCGAAUGCUUUUCCCUCAGUAUCUUCAUCUGGUUAGCAAGUGCGCAAUAUGCGGCGCCUUUACUCCACAAUUCUCUUUCCAAAAUAUCGUCUCUGGAUCUUGCGAGUGUUGCUGAGCGCCUUAUGAAGCUCUCCACCAUAUCAUUGAUCGUCUGGCUCGCCGGCUUCUUUGCAGUGUUUCAUUCAGCCCUGAACGCACUUGCUGAAAUCAUGCGGUUUGGAGACCGCCAAUUCUACGCCGACUGGUGGAAUAGUCCUAGCGUUGGGGUCUACUGGCGUACCUGGAACAAACCAGUGUACCACUUUAUGAGAAGGCAUAUUUACGGGCCUUUGGUUGCCAGAGGCUGGUCUUCCAACACAGCAAGCAUGUGCGUCUUCGUUUUCAGCGGCUUCCUGCACGAGCUGCUUGUCGGAGUCCCAACCCAUAAUAUCAUAGGUGGGCUCAGCAGACGAACCAAAGUGCCAUGGGAACACCGCUGA